UGCAUUCAUGUCACUUUCCCAAAGUCAUCACUCUCCAAGUCUCCAACCUCUACUGUUAGCUCAUCUGCUCUUGCCACCAUACGCCGGCUAUCGUUUCGGCGAGAUGAGCUGAGCUGAAAAUUUCCACGACCUUUUGACGCCGCUCCGCAAUCGCUACUACUACGGUGAAUUGACGACCAAGGAAAUCAACUAUUACGGUUUGCUAUAACGAGCACAGUUGUCCUUGGAUUGGCCUUCUGAUUUCAUAAAAUUGAAUCAUCUCUCAGUAGUAUACCUAUAGAUGGACCAAGGAAGGUCAAAUUCUAGAGCCCGAGGCUCAGGCUCUACACCGUCAGAGGAAUCGUCCUUGGAUCUUGAGAAGUACGGUUGCAAUCACUCCUUCCGCACUUCACUAAGCCCGACAUCGCUUCAGCCUCAUGGAACAGGGGGGCAACAUUGUGAGAGUAGUGCCGCAUACUUUUCGUGGCCUUGUCGUAUAAAAGAUGAUGCUGAAGAGAGGGCAAACUAUUUUGCUAACCUACAGAAAACAGUCUUACCUGAAAGUGUUGGACCAUUGCCGGAAGGUCAGCGAGCAAAUACCUUACUGGAGCUCAUGACAAUUAGGGCUUUUCACAGUAAAAUCCUGCGUUGCUAUAGUCUUGGCACAGCAGUCGGCUUCCGGAUUCGACGUGGUGUUUUGACAAACAUACCUGCAAUACUAGUCUUUGUAUCAAGGAAAGUUCACAAGCAAUGGCUUACCCCACUCCAGUGUUUGCCAACUGCUUUGGAGGGACCAGGGGGCAUCUGGUGUGAUGUGGAUGUGCUGGAAUUUUCUUAUUUUGGUGCGCCAGAGCCUACACCUAAAGAACAAUUAUAUACUGAGAUUGUUGAUGAUCUGCGUGGGAGUGAUCCCUGUAUUGGUUCUGGCUCUCAGGUUGCGAACCAGGAGACAUAUGGAACCUUAGGUGCUAUUGUGAGGAGUCAAACCGGCAGUAGACAAGUUGGUUUUCUCACAAAUCGCCAUGUUGCAGUUGAUCUAGACUACCCAAAUCAGAAGAUGUUUCAUCCCUUACCACCAACACUAGGACCUGGGGUUUAUCUUGGUGCAGUUGAGAGAGCAACUUCAUUCAUCAGAGAUGACUUAUGGUUUGGGAUAUUUGCUGGCAUUAAUCCAGAGACAUAUGUAAGAGCAGAUGGUGCCUUUAUACCGUUCACAGAUGAUUUUGACAUGAGUGCUGUAACUACAUUUGUGAAAGGAAUAGGAGAGAUUGGAAAUGUCAAAACCAUUGACUUACAAUCUCCGAUCGAUAGUCUUGUGGGAAAGCAAGUGAUGAAGGUUGGAAGAAGUUCUGGUUUGACUACCGGAACUGUAUUGGCAUAUGCUCUUGAGUAUAAUGAUGAAAAAGGGAUAUGUUUUCUGACUGAUUUUCUAGUUGUUGGUGAGAACCAACAAACAUUUGAUCUUGAAGGGGACAGUGGAAGUCUCAUCGUAAUGAAGGGUGAAAAUGGCGAGAAGGCACGACCGAUUGGGAUAAUCUGGGGCGGGACUGCCAAUAGGGGCCGUCUUAAGCUGAAAGUUGGCCAACCCCCGGAAAACUGGACUAGUGGCGUUGAUCUUGGGCGCCUUCUCAAUUUCCUCGAACUUGAUCUGAUCACUGCAGAUGAAGCACUAAGAGUUGCAGUUCAAGAACAGAGAGCUGCUUCGAUGACAGUGGUUGGAUCGACUGCAGGGGACUCAUCGCCUCCUGACGUAAUGCUUCUUCCCAAGGACAAAUCCGAACCUCUGGGUCUCCACAUCCAACACAUCCCCUUGGAAGACGGUGCAGUCGGGCCAGAUAUAAAUUCGUCUCCCAAAGAAGGCAGUGUUUUUGAUCUGGAAGAUGGGGUGAGCACAUGUCCGAGUUUCGAGCAUCAGUUCAUACCCAGCUAUGACGGGAAGCCCGCUGUGCAUCAUGACGAUCAACAAGAUAGAGUGGGAUCCGGGAAUUUGUCUCUCUUGAGAAACGCUUGUGAUCAGGACCUGAAUUUUUCAUUGCAGCUGGUCGAGAACGAGCCCAAGAGAAGGAAAUCCGAGCCCACACCUGCACCCGGGACGGAGUAGCCGAAGUGGUUGCUUCUCUUGUCCCAUUUUCUUUGUGUUGUUCUUGUGUACACUCUCUUUCUAUCAUUUCACCGGACACUAUUUUUGGAUGAAAUUUUAGGAAGAGAGAGAAGUGUUAAGCCGGCGGUACCAAGGCGCAAGGCUGGUUUUUAUUUCAAAAUGAAAAUAAUGAGAUUGAAUUUUGAUAACUAGUUUUAACAACUUUUGUUUUU